AUGGAUGAACUGAACGCUUGCACAGAAUGCGGAUUCACGACUACUGUAUUUUCCGAGUUUCAAGGACAUAUAGAGAAACACGAGUCAGAGCACAGUCGGUCUUCGAGUGGAGAAAUGUCCAAUUCUCAGACAAUUGAAUGGGGUGAUGGAAUUCAGUCAUCGACACCGUCCCCUAGGUCAACACCGCCAUCAGAUCCAACCCCUAGUCCUGAUUCCGAAGAGCUGCUUGAUCCUAUAACAAUAACGGAAAUCACAAAUACUCUUGGAAAAAGAGAACCAGGUACAAAAGGACAAAAGCAAGUACACGUUUGCCCUCACUGCAAUUUUACCACUUGUAUGUCGCAACACAUGAAAAGCCACUUGGAAGCGCAUGAACGACACCAAGGCCAAAUGUACCAGUGCGAUAUCUGUAAAAUGCAGUUCAGUCAGAAGGCUAACAUGCAUCGUCAUCGGAUGCGACACAGCGGUGUGAAGCCUUACGAGUGUCGUUUUUGCAAGAAGCGAUUUUUCAGGAAAGAUCAGAUGCAAGAGCACUCCAUGACUCAUAUCAAGACGGGUUUCGGAUUUGAUUGUCCUGUUUCAUUGUGUAAUAUGCAAUUCAGUCAGCAUAAUGCACUUCGAGCACAUUUAGAGGAAACACACACGAUAUCGUCGACGAAUCCUGCAUCAUGUAAAAGAUGUAAUUUGAUGUUUGCCAAUUCUCGACGUCUUCUCCUUCAUUUCCAGACGAGACAUGACGAGCCUGAGGGUUCUCCGAAAAAAGAAAAUGCUGCCAAGAGGAAGAAGUUAUCAAAUGGAAACGUCCUACCUAUGGACCCUGCUAGUUUAACUAUAUCAGAACAGUUACAAAGAAUGGUGAAAACAGAGUUCAGCCCUCCGAACACUGAUACUUCAGACAAUUCAACAUCCUCAGAGUUCGACAAAAUUCCUCCAAGUUUCCCAAUGGCAAGCCCCGACAUAUUGUUGAUGUGUCUCAACCAAAUGAAUCAGUUUGGAGGGUUCGGAGAAAAUAUCCCUCGAUUGCUCAACAUCCCAAGCAUGCCAUUACCGUCACUUCACAACAUUCCGUCAGUAGCCGCCAUGGUGAAACAGGAGCAAGUACAGCUGUGGUCUGAGCAAACUUCUAGUUCAGUCAGCGUCAGUGCUCCGAGCCCCAGUGACCAGUCGCAUUCCCCACCUGUCAAUGACUCAACAUUAUCUCUAAUGGACAAGGAGAAAUCUCCUUCUCCGGAAAAAGACGACGAGGAGAAUGUGGAAUGUUGUCAUUGUGGAAUGGUGUUCUUUGACAACACAAUGUACCUGCUCCAUAAAAGUCUUCACUCUGAAGGUGAUCCGUUCAAAUGUGCAUUAUGCGGAACUCAAUGCGGAGAGAAAUACAUGUUCACGACCCAUGUCAUCUUUGCGGAUCAUAGUACUCAAGCAACGACUUCCGCCUGA